GAAAACCCUCAUUUUAAAUACUUUUUAUAUCGUUAUUCAUCAUUAGAGGGUUCAAAAGAUAUAGAGCGUAAAUUGGCCAAUCCGAAGUAACUUAAUAAAAAUUAAAACCUUAAAUUUUUGUUUAAAAUGCUUUUUAGGAUAGUUUUGUUCGGAGAUACAUACCAAAAGUUCAACUCUAAAUAUUUUUUUUCCUUUUCAAGAUUUUUCUGAAAGUUUUUCUAGCAGAUUUUUUAUUACGAAAAAAAAAUAUAUAAGAAAUUAUAAGUUAGCAGAAAGGUUCUUUUAAUAGCCUAUUUUAGGUUAAUUCAAAAUGGACUCUUUUCCGAAGAAGCAUAUGAAGAUGCAGCUUAUGUUCCCAAAGUCUUCUAUACUGCAGUUAAUCAAAUCACGAUCAAAAUUUGACAACAUUUUUGAUAUUUUCCUUGAAUUUCCCUCACUCCAAGAGUAUUUUCUUCCUAUUAAGCAAUGACUUUUUUUCUGCAAUAUCAUCAAAUAAAGAAACCAACAAACCUCGAGACAACAACAUCUUUUUGUUCUGUACAUAGUAGAACUAUAUAGCAACAUUUAAUGAGAUUUCCCAUAAAGUAAAAUAAAUGUAUCAAAUUACCAAGUGUUUGAAUCUUUUGCGCAUUAAGCUAAAUUAUUUUUAAGAAAAAAAAUGAAAUCACCUAACAAGGUGAAAAUGGAGUUAAAACGAGGUUGAAAUAUGCAAGAAAUCAUGAGUGGACUUUUAAAUAAAAUCUCUUUGUGGUUUUUCAUGCACAAAAAUGCAAUGUGUGGGGUGUCAAAAUCAAUUAAAUAUCAUUCGCAUGAAAUCACAGUGAAAUGAUUGUGUGCUGACUUUAGAGCCAUAAAGAGAUUCAUUGAUUAAAAAUUUCCAUUUCAUUCACAUUCACUUUUUUCUUUAAAUAAAUUUUCUUGAUAAGACGUGAGAAGAUGAAAGAAAAAUUUCCGAGAUACAUAAUUUCUCAAUCUAUGUAGGUAUGUAUGUAUGAAAUGACAACAUUGUGGCUGCAGCAGUGUCUCUGGGAGAUUAAUGAUUGUGAAAUGAUUCAAAUUAAUUGAUCAUUAAUCACAUGGUAAUUGCAUUAAUAACAAAUUCAGUGUGAGGGUAAUUUUGAGGAAUUUAUUGAGUUAGUAGGUCUGAAAUGUCUGUUGAGUGGCUGUUUUUUAAGAGCUAGUGAAAUUGUCCAAAGAUUCGUAAAUUUAUUAUUUUUUCAUGGAAAGAUCAUUCCAAAUCUUUUAAAAAGAAUUUUAGGGGCAUGGCCAAAUAUUUUUUUUAGAAUGUUGUGAGUUAUUCCUUUUUUAAAUUUAAGUCAUUUAACAUGAAUUUUAUUUCUUUACAAUUUAACAUUUCCUUACAAACGUUUGACAUUUCUCUUGUAACGUUUGACAAUAAUUUUUAAUGUUUGCUGAUUUUUUUUUAACAUUUGGCGUUUGUUUUUAACAUUGACGCUUCCUUUCAAACAUUUAACGUUGUUUUCUAACGUUUGACGUUUUUUUUAACUUCUGACAUUUCAUUUCUAACAAAUUGUUUCAAGCCGAUUUGUGUGUUAAUUAAAGUUUUAGGAAAAAUUGCUUUUUCAAUGCUGACUGGGGGAAAACAAAUUUUCCAAAACCUUUAAUACUUAAUUCUAACGUUUCAAAAAAUUUUGACGUUUGACAUUUUUUUCUAAUUUUAACGAUUUUUUAACGUUUUACUUUUUUAUUUAAUAUUUAUCGUUUUUUAUAUCAUUUAAUGUUUUUUUUAAAUGUUAGAAAAAUCUCUUUUGAUCUUUUUAACAUAAUUUUUAGCAUUAAACUAUUUUCUUUUGAUCUAUAAUACUUUGGACAUUACAGAAUUAUUGCACCUAAAUGUGCUUUAGCCAAUGGAAACGCUCUUCAUGAAUUUAUCAGCCAAUCAGAGUUCUUCUCUAUUACAUCAAUACUUCUUCUUAUUCAUUUGUAUUUCAUUUUCAAUUUAACGGAAUUACGCUCUAUCCAAAGUGAGAAUAAAGAAAAGGUAAAAAAUAUUUCAAUUUUCUGUAUUUUAAAAGCUUUCGACUAACCAUAAGUCCCGAAAUAAAAGCUCUAAAUUCAAUCUACAAAUCCCUCAUAUCUCUCAAACUGACCAUCGUCAUUUGGAGGGUAUUCGAAGCGUGUUGGGAAGCAUUAAGAAGGUGUGAUUUGUGGCGAGUUAAAUAAUUUGUCUGCGGACAAUUUAUUGAGUGUGCACACAAGCCUUGUUGGUGGUGAUUAGAAUGGCAGAAAGAAUGUCUUUCUGGUGCUACUUGAGACCCCUAUAUUGCAUGGCAAAAGCCCUCCUUAUCCAUCCGCACUGCAUUGAGUGGCAGACCGGCAAUCCCCAUGUCUCCGUCUUCGGUACAAUGCACUCACUCACCCUGGCAAUUGGAUACUACAUCUACCAUGUGAUGAUGGCUCUGCAGCAGAUGGUUUUGAAUGAGAAAGACUACAAUUUUGUCACAUUCGCCAUCAAUAGCUACAACCUCUUCUCCGGCUGUACAUUCUUUCUCCUCAUCGUUGUCACGGUCACGUGGAUGCAGAAGCAAAUGAUUGCCGUCUUGGGCAUAAUAUAUACCUUUGACAAUCACAUGGAAAAGUUAAAUCUAUGCGUGGACAAUAGAAUGUGGUCUGUGAUGUUCUACGUGCCCGGAUUAAUCCUCUUCAGUGCAUUGGGUGUGAUGGAAUUGGAGAAUUGCAUCAUGUUCAUCAGGGAUUCCAUGCCAUUCUCGGAUUUUUGCUUCAUGAUGUGCUACAUCCCCAUGUUUGUACUCAUUGUGACCGAAUGGAUGUUCAUUGGCUACACGUUGGCCAUUAAGUAUCGCUUCAAUCUCAUCAACACCCACCUCCAGGGUGUCCCGGAAGAAAAUACCACAAAUACCGUCAAUGUGAUGAAAUUUCACGCUAAAUCUCUUGCAGAUGCAUCAAAGAAACUAAAUGGUGUCUUCAAUUUGCCCCUCUUGCUCCUUCUUCUCAAUCAAUUUGCCGCAAUGGCAACUCUUCUCUAUGAUUUGUGCAUGACCAUAGUGGAUUUUGGCCAAGAACCCAAUGAAAGGCUCAGGGAUAUCAUCAAAUCCGGUGGUUGGUCGAUGCUCUUUAUGCUGGAAAUGCUGGCACUUUGCCGAGUCUGUGAACUCCUUGAGGUGGAAGCGCAUUUAACGUCUAAAUCCCUCAUGAGACUCACUAAGGAUGGCGGAUGCCUCAACUCACUGCAACUUCUAUCCGUUCUACGUGUUAAAAUCACACCUUUUCGCCUCUUUUCCGUAGACAUGAAGCUCUUUUACACUAUGUUUGGUGCUAUUGCAACCUACCUAAUUGUUCUCGUGCAAUUUGACAUGGCUCAGGAUUACAAACAAAUGAUAUUAAAUUGAAAGAUUUUUUUUUUAAAUUAUUAAUUCUCAAAAAUUGCGAAUUUGCAUACCUUGAGGCAGAGUUUGGUAUUUCAAACUACGUCAUAAUAUAUUUAAAUAUUUGAUUAAAAAAAAUAAAUUUAAGAGUGAAACAAGUAGUUUUAGUUUAAAAUACUUUUUAAGAGAUCUUAAAACUCCAAAAAAAAACUAGAAAAUCAUCAAAACAACAAACAAGUUAAUUUGUAAAUGUUUCUGUUGCUAUCUUAUAAUAAAAAUAAUUCUAGGAAAUAAAAUAAAUGAUGUUUCUCUUAUUUCUAUAUACCUACACUGAUAAAAAAAAACUCUCACAUUCCAUAAAAUAGUGAAGAAAUUUUUUUACAAUGCAUUUUUUGAGCGGAACAACCGCGACACGGAAGCCACAGAGCGCGGAGUUUUGAGUGUCUCUCACAGAGCGGAGAAAGCAGACAUUUUCACGGAAGACACCCAACAGACGUUCUAAAUAAAAAUUUUAUAUAUUUGAAGAAGUAGCAAAGGGGAAGGCACCGCCGACAACUCCGUACAAGAGAGGCACCAAAAAAAGAGCCAAAGACGGGCAAUGCCCGAUAAGAUUCAAUUGGGGUGCUUUGUGUAGAGUUGCAAAAGACCAAAGACGAAAAAUUUUGUAGAUAAAGAUAAGAGAUUUAAAAAAAACAUUAGAGGUCGAAUUAUGUUUAAAAUAUUUUAUAUCCUUGUUUAUAUCCUUUCCUUGCAAUUCUAGAAUUUAUAGCUUUUUAAAGUUCUAUGAAAAAUAUUGAAAAUUUUGACAGUUAGUUGAAAGAUUUUAUUAACACACAAAAAUUCUUUUAAUCAAAAUUUAAAAUGAAAAGAAAAUAUUUGUGACAGAAUCGAUCCUUGCGCUUACUGGAAUAGAUUAUUCUCAGUAUUGUAAAAGGCAAAAGAUUAAAGCCAGAAUAUUCUCUGUGUUAUACAAAAUCCUUAGUAGACCGAGAACUUAAAUUAUUGAAAUCUUGACUCUAGAAUACGAGAAAAACACGAAAAAUAUAACCUUUUUACAUUACCAAUCUUUUUUUAAAUUAUUUUUUUAAAUUUACAUAAACAAGGAGGUAUAAUUGGAGUCAAGAUUUUUUUUAAAACUAUUUGUUAUAAAGAAUUUCUAAAAUUGUAGUUGAUUCUGUCUAAAAUCUUCGCUUUCUUCUAAUUUGAAAAUUUCAAGAAUCUUGGUAUUAUGUGAAAAAUAUUGCAAGAUUUCAACGUUUCAUUAUUCGAUUCUUUUCAUUCUUUAAUUGUAUUAUAAAUUAAUGAAAAAUACUUUUCAAGAAUCGUUCAAGAAACAUUUAAAAUGGUUUUUGAGAGAAAAAACUCUUGUUAACUAUCUUGACAAAAAAUAGUAUGA